ACUGGGAAUAUCAAUGAGAUGUUAAUUUCUUAGAUCGACUAAGAUGACGAUGGAAGAGAGAAAUAGAUACUGUUUGAUCUUGUUAAAUCAUAUAGACAUAAAGAGAGCAUAUGCCUACCCCUAUGGCAUUGAUUGAGUUGCGGUCUUGAUGAGAGGAUUUAUGAUAAUCCAAGAUUUGAUGAGAUUAUGGUUUUUUAUAUAACUACUAAGAUGAUGAGCUAGAGCGGGCUGACUGUAUGGUAACCUUAGCGCGUAAAUUAAUAAUAAAUAGAGAGUCUGCAUUUCAUGUAUUGCAUAUUAUAUGUGUUAUAAAGACUAUUUCGAUGAAGGAAAUUGUGAAGUUAUAUUUGAUUGAUGAUUGAUCUGAUUAUGCUUAUACGUUCUGAUUCAUUAUGGUCCGAAGUAGACAAUGUUGUGUAAAAAAAGAAUAGAUCGAACCAUUAACCGAGAAAACGUGUGAGUUGCCUUAAAAUCUGAAUUUCAACACACAUGCAUAAUUUAGAUAUCCUAAAUCCAAGCAAAUAACAAAGUCAUAAAGUCAUAGCAGCCCAACUUCCACCAAAGCACCAUAAACAUAAACAUAAUAUAAUAUCAUAGGGAUACAAGAUUUGCAAAAUUAGGAUUGACACUUUGGUCUCGUUAAGGGCAGUGAGAGUGGCCACGUAGGUUGCUAACUCGAAUUGGAAAGUGUGUUGUGUCUACAGUCAGAUCUGGUAAAUUAUGGUCUGGUAAAUCAUAUUAAUACAAUCUGGAUCCAACAAUUUGAUCCUACAAUUUUUUAAAUUGUCCAUGUGGAUUCGUGCUCCUCCGCAUCUGCCAAUAUUAUCUACCUCUGCUCCACCAAUCAGCCACCAAAUCUUGGUUUACCUCAUCAGAGCACUUCGCUAGCUAUAUCUCUUAUCUCAAUUGCUUUUACCUUUUCAUGUUUUUGCAUGCAUGAUGAUGGUGGCAUCUUGCAUGGGCUGAUUGAACCUAGACUUGAAGAAUGGGCAAGUCAAGAAAGAAGCAAACCAGAGAACAAAAUAAAGUGGUGCCUGGCAGAAUCAUAUCGUGGAGAGCUCCAUCUCCCAUCUUUCCCUUUCGACCUUUUGCAAAUUGACCCCCCACCCACAAACCGUUUCUGAAGUGCCUGAUAACAAGGUAUACGUAUUACUGGCACAAUGUUCUCUGAAUCGAUCUGUGCUCAAAAAUUGGUCCUUGGAGGAAGGAAAUUUGUACCAUAUGCCUGUAUUAUGACCAGGUUCCAAACAUACUCUGCCAAUUCUCUUCAUGGUGAUUUGUGAGUAAAGGGUUUUGGGUAUAUAAAGGGAAGAGUCAUUUGCUUGUUUAAUCAACAAAACAUUUGAAGAUAGGGAAAAAAAAAAAAAACUGAAGCAAGCAGGACAGCUAGCUAGCUAACUACUUUCGUCAGCUGUCCCCUUGAGUUCUCCUGAUCACUUCAUUGUGGUGGCUCUAUGAUCAGCAUCCUAUACUGAAGUGUUUGGGGGAACUCUGGGUGGCAUUUGACACAAUAACUCAAAUUGUUGGAGACAGGAAAAAAAAACUGUAGCAAGCAGGCUAGCUAGUUAACUACUUUUGUCAGCUGCCCCUUUGAGUUCUCCUGAUCAUUUCAUUGCGGUGGCUCUAUCAGCGUCCUACACUGAAGUGUUUGGGGGAACUCUGGGUGGCACUUGACGCGAUAACUCAAGUUGUUGGAAACCUACGUCUCGAUGAUGAUCAGGUUUACCUCAUUGUUUUUGCCCUGAACAAUCUCAUGGCUAGUAUUGAAUUGAUCUUUGCCAAAAACAGUAAUUUCUCUGUUGAGAGACAAAUUCUGCCUCUGAUUUUACUUAUUCAUCAGUUCAACUCCCUUUUACUUGUUGCAAUGGUGCAUUUGGGUAAUUAUUUUAUUUCAAUUGCUUGUAAUUUGCUCACACUCAAACAUAAGAUUGCAGGAAAAAAACUUCCUCCUAGCCAGGGCAAGAAAGAAGAAUUUUCUUUUUCUACUGAAAAAUGAGGAAGAGAAAACUGAAGGAGUGGGUCUUAGAAUCUUGAUGCCCAUGCUGUACACAUGCAACUUGCUUCUUGGGAAGUCUGAAGGCAGAAAAUGGCUAAAGUUUUGGCGCAGAUCAAUGUGCUCUUUUAGCCAGAGUUUCUGGAUAGCAAUCCCUGAUAAACAGGAGGGUUGAAUGAUUAGAAUCAGAAAAAAAUAGUAACCAUCUAUCCUUUGUAUACCACUGUAUGUAUGGGAAGCCUGAAAAUAAGGUGUUCUUGUGAUAAAGUUGACAUGUAAGAACAAGAGAAGCAAAACUUAUUCAAGAUAAGCUUCCCAUUUUGGCAGACAUCAUAGUUCUGUCCUUAUUCUAACAACCUAUAAAAGGCUGCAAACCUUAUGCAAUCAUCACUUUUCAUGGACAAUAUUAAGAACAGCUCCACGAUUCUGAGUCAUCAAUUUGAUUCAAAUCGUUGUAAGAAAUACAGGAAUUGGGGUUGAUCUGGAAAUUGAAAACGAUAAUUAGAGAUUAUUAAGGACAUAAUUUAUGAAUUUGGAUAAGAAAUUGGGGGGAAACUAGGGGAAGAAUGGCCGACAACUUAGCUAGGGUGAGGAAGAUAAUUAAAAUUUUGGAAGAGAGAUAAGUGUGUUUAACUUCUUGUAUUUUCUGUUUGACUUUGUAAGAAAAUCUCAAAGUAUAUAUUUAUAAGAAAAUAACAAAAUCCUAAUAAUAAUCCUGAUCUUGCUCGGCUCCUACUUGACGGCUCGCCUCCUUAAACUUAAUAAUAAUAUUAGUAACAAAUAAGCGUGUUUCUAACCAUCCAUCCUCCUUAAAGAUUCCUCCCCUCAAGAAUCUUGACUUCUACCUCCAAUUCAAGGAACGAUCACUUGUCCGUGUCCUCCAAUCUCGAGCUCCAAAGAUGAACUUCCAAGAUCCACAUAAAAGAUUCUCUGACGCGACUGCAAGAGGAUAAACAUCAUUUGCAAUUUUUGAAUGAGAAUUGCGAUACGCAUACUUGUAACCAAAGUUUUUAUACCAAAUGUAAGAAAGACAUGAAUUGGGGAUUGAUUCAGUGAUUGAAGAGGAGAAUUAGAGAGGAUUGAGGACAAAAUUUAUGGAUAUGGAAAGAAAUUGGAGAGAAAAUGGCAGAAUGGCCGGCGGUCUAGCUAAAGAGUAAAGAGGGGAAGAUAAUUAACUCUAAUAAUAACCUUAUAUUAACUCUAAUCUUGCUUGACUCUGCUUGCACGCCUCCUAAACUUAAAAUGAUAGUAAUAACUAACAAAUAAUCGUGUUUCUAACUAUCAUACGAAAACAAAACUCAAGUUUGGGCUACAAUUUGUCAGCUUGUGAUUGACCAGGACCUAUAAAUAGCCAAGGGUGCUUUCAUUUACCCUUAACACAAAUUUGGCAGAGAAUCACAUCAAGGUUAAGCUUUCAGUAUGAGCUAGCUCACACUUCUGGUUCACAUUAAUUGAUUGGACAUCUGAGCAAGAAUGGCCAACAAUCACUUCCUUCUCCUUCUUCUCUGUCUAUCUUCCAUGCUGAGCACCAUUUCAGCCAUUUGGCUGAAUCACGGUUCUGAUAUAACCAACUCAAGGCGGGCGAUCGGGGAGGUGCUGAUCAACAGGUUCACAGUCAAGAACCUGAAGCUAAGAUGGACAUUUUAUGCAGGCAGAGACAUUUCAGCAACUCCAGCAGUAGCCGACGGAGUCGUUUACUUCCCGUGUUGGAACGGCUACAUCUAUGCAGUGACGGCUGCCCGUGGCAACCUGAUAUGGCAGCAGAACUUGAACCAGUUGACAGGACUGAAUGGAACUGGUGUUGUUGUCAAUGUGACAGUGUCCAGGACAACGCCAACAAUUGCUGGUGAUCUCGCCAUCUUUGGAAUUUAUGGCCCUGCUGUUGUGAUUGCUGUUGAUAGACGGACUGGAAGGCUUGUUUGGUCUACUCAGCUGGAUCCCCGCCCCAGGGUCCUAAUCACUCAGUCUGGAACAUACUUCAAUGGGGCACUGUACAUUGGUGUUUCAUCCCUAGAAGAAGGGCUACCAGCAGAACAAUGCUGCACAUUCAGAGGCAGAAUGACAAAGCUAGACAUCAAAACAGGAGCAGUCCUUUGGAACACCUAUAUGAUUCCUGACAAUGGAGGCCAAAGGGGAGGCUACGCAGGAGCUGCGAUUUGGGGGAGCAGCCCUGCAAUCGAUGUGGCGAGGAGAUUGGUCUACGUGGCAACUGGGAACCUCUACUCAGUUCCACCUGAAGUCUCUGAGUGUCAGGAAGCUCAAAACAACCAGACAACAAAACCAAGCCAACCAGAUCAGUGUGUCGCUGCUGACGUACACUAUGACUCGAUCCUGGCUCUUGAGUUGGACAGUGGGAAGAUCAGAUGGGCCAGGCAGCUUGGUGGCUAUGAUGUUUUCUAUUUUGCAUGUUUGGUUCCUAAUAACCCUGACUGUCCACCUGGGCCUAACCCUGAUGCAGACUUUGGGGAAGCUCCUAUGUUGCUCACUAGUUUCAUCAAUGGAACAAUUCGCGACAUUGUGGUGGCUGUCCAGAAGAGUGGCUUUGCUUGGGCUCUUGAUCGUGAUAGUGGAGCUAUCGUGUGGUUCAAUGAAGCAGGGCCAGGAGGCUCGGAGGGAGGAGGACAAUGGGGAGCAGCAACAGAUGGGAAAAGAGUUUACACAAACAUUGCCAACAGCGACCGUCAGGGCUUCACCCUCGCACCAUCUAGCCAAACUACAACAGCAGGAGCGUGGGUGGCUCUGGAUGCAUGCUCUGGCGAAAUCCUGUGGACCACAGCAAAUCCGAGCAACGACACAUCACAAGCACCUGUCUCGGUGGUCAAUGAUGUGCUGCUGGCUGGCUCUGUGGCUUCCAAUGGACCCAUAUAUGCAAUGGAUACAAGAACUGGGGAGAUCUUGUGGUCUUACAAUACCGGUGCCACGGUGUACGGUGGCAUAUCAGCGAGCUAUGGUUGUAUCUUCCUUGGCAAUGGUUACACCGUUGGAUUGGCAAGGUUCCACACUACUUGGACUCCUGGAACAUCACUAUAUGCCUUCUGUUUAUCCUGAACGACUAAAAAAAGACUUUGAAGCUUUACUGCAUAACUAAACCAAGAAGAUUAAUAAAAACCCAGGCCACCUUGCCAAUGUAAUGAAACAGACAUGGGCAUAUGUCUUGAGAGCCUUCCCUUCAUCUAUGGCAGUCUCUGCAUCUCUUCCUAACACACUUGCUGGAUUUUGUGAAUGAAUGAAUUGUCAAUUUGAAUGUGGACAGAAAUGUGGGAAGAAGAAUUGGGAGAUAGAAGGGAAUAUGGGUCCACUCAACUUCAUCAAGAGCCAUAUUCUCUUUGAAACUUCCAUACUACCCACAAUUCUAUCCAGAUUCACUCACUGUAUAGUUGGUUUGAUUUAUAAGGCCAGAAGGGUAACUAGUGAAUGGGCAAGUCGUCCUGCAGGUAGCCUAUAAAUAGCUAGAUGCUAU